AUGGUUAACUUUUAUUCUUACGAGCAUUACAAGAAGUUGCUGAGAACAGUUCCGCAACUGCAAAGUAAUAAGGAUAAUGUUAGUGCAGACCUUUGCAUACAUUUUGUUGGUGGUGGCCUGGCAGACAUAACUGCUGCUACAUCUACAUCUACUUACCCCUUGUUGGUGGUGGUGGUGCAGACCUUUAUAUGUAUUUCAAACAUGCCAAAAUACAUAUAA